CUGUAUUAUGUUUACAAGUAACUUUUUUAAAUAUACAAACAUAGCUUAAGUGGUGUCCUGUAUUGAAUAUAGUACUGAUAACUAUUUGAACAGUAUAACUUUGAACGUGUAAAAAAAAGUUUUGUGCUAACAUUACAUGAGCACCAAGUAUUUUAAUGUUUUUUUUGUGGUAUAAAUUUUAUAAAUCCUAAAAUUGAUAUUUCGAGAUAUCAUCCGAUUUUAGAUCGCGAAGCAAUUACAGCGUGGUUACGCAUGGCCGACUUCCCGAGUUUUUCUGACAAUUAGAUUAAAAUUAUUGCCAAGAGCAGUUGCGUAGUGGACUAGUCAUAUUAAUAACGUACAUAUCACUAGCAUCUACCUAUGUAACGAAAGACUUCAGGAUUUAUUUUAUGUGACCAGCUCGAACGGUUUUAGAAAACCAAAGCCAUGUCGUACUGCCGAAAAGAAGGUAAAGACACCAUCAUAUUCGCGACGGAAGAUAUUCUCUCGUCUCCAAGUACGACACAACUAAGACCUGACAAUCCAGAUGAACUGGAUACAAGCAGUGCAGGAGCGAUUUUACCAAAUGGAGAAAUAAACUGGGACUGUCCUUGUUUGGGUAAUUUGCCUAACGGACCAUGUGGUGAGAAUUUCCGUAAAGCGUUCUCGUGCUGGGUUGAGCAUAAAGACAAUGAGGAAUCUUUUGCUGAAAAAUGCUUUGAAAACUUCACCAAAUGGGAAGAAUGUAUUAGUGAGCAUAAAGACAUUUAUCGGCCAACUGAGGAAAAGAAAGAAGCGAGUAAUAACGAUGAAAAUGAGAUAAACAACACGAAUGAAAGUGCAUCAAUUGAUAGUAUUGAUAAAAAUAACGCGCACAGCACUUCACAAACUAGAGCAAUUGCAGCUGCUUCUUCUAUUGACCAAAAACAAUAAAUGUUUAUCCAAUCAUCAUUAUGCUGUAAUUUACUUUUUAAUGUCAAAUAAAAAUUGCAAAUUGCGGUUGGCUGUCGUAAAAGAAAUUCAUGAUAACAAAAAAAAUGGUAAAAACAAAAACAG